AUGCGCUACUUACCUUCAAGUUAUCACAAACCUCUACUGCCCAAUGGCCGCCAUCCGCCCAUCGACUGGCAACUCUACGGGUUCGUUUGCUCAAAUUGUUGGCCACUCGCGAGAGACAUUACGAAGACACGCCGUAUAAUCGACAUGGUGAUUACUGCAAUGCAGUUCAUGUCCGAAAGCAUGGUGCUGUCGGGCGAGACCAUAGCGAUGCGUAACAAUUUGGAUGAUAUCAGUUUUGUCUGUAUGGUAUUGGCGCCAUAUCUGAUACUCAUUGAAUUGAUGCUGCGCGCGUAUAAUAUUAUCUACAAACGUAAUAGUUUUCGUACGCACAUUGAAGAGUUCUACAAGAAGAUCUAUGUGCAGCGCACUUGGAAUCCAGAGCUCUUCGAGCAGAUACGUCGCCAACAUUUGCCCACCAAAUAUUCCACAUUCACCUACAUUAUCACGCUGGUGACCUAUGUCUACGUGCCGAUCAGUGGCUUGGUGAAGAAUGAGCGCUUGGUACCAUUUCCUAUACAAUUCAGUUUUGAUUUCACCGUACCCUGGCCGCGGUAUGUGGUCUUCCUUAUUAUGUCUAUUUGGACUGGAUUUGCUGUUGUCGGUCCACUCGUCUCCGAAGCCAAUAUGCUUGCUAUGCAGAUUUUACAUUUGAACGGCCGAUAUUCUUUGUUAUUGCGCGACUUGCGUAAAAUUGCUCGCGAAGCUAUUGAGGAGCAUGAGAAGUGUAAGGGUAGAGAUAAAAUUUCCGUAACUCAACGUUUUCGCUACAGUCUCUUCGAUAUUAUACGUCGCAAUGUGGAGUUGAAUGAAUUUGCGAAGUCCCUGCAGGAUCAAUACUCUUUUCGGGUGUUCGUCAUGAUGGCACUCAGUGCAACGUUGCUAUGUGUGUUGGGUUUUUUAACGGCGACGCUCGGCUUGACAGCAGAGAAUAUUAGAUUCGUCAGCUGGAUAAUCGGAAAAGUGGUAGAGUUGCUUAUCUUCGGACGCCUGGGAACAACGCUAUCGACAACGACAAAUGAUUUGAGCACCUCGUAUUACUGUUGCGAUUGGGAAGAGAUAAUUUUUCACUCCGCUGAUGCUGAAGAGAAUAGAAAGACAAUGAAAUUGAUAGCCUUGGCUAUACAUUUGAAUAGUAACCCGUUUCAGCUGACGGGCUUGAACUUUUUCGUUGUCAAUUAUGAGACCGUGGUGUCGAUAUUGAGAGGUGCUGGUUCUUACUUUACUGUUAUUUAUGCCUACCGAUAA